UUAGUCUUUUCUGUCGCUCCCCACAUCUUCGUGUACACGAUUUUGUUGGGCCAGCAGAGAGAUUAAGCUUUAUGAAAAUGGCAGGAGGAGGAGGAGAGAUACUGGGCAGGACCGAGGACGAAGAGUCGCAGCAGACGCGUCCGCUGCUGAGCAAUGACGGCGACGACGACCAACAACAGCAGCAGCAGCGUGAAGACCGGGAGAGUUUGAUACAGAAGGCGAUGAGCCAGACGUUCAGGAGCACGGCCCAUUUGGCCAACCUGCUGCCGACGGGGACGGUGCUGGCGUUCCAGCUGCUGUCGCCCAUCUUCACCAACCAAGGCAGCUGCGACGACGCCGGCCGCGUCAUGACCGCCGGUCUCGUCGCCCUCUGCGCCCUCUCCUGCUUCGUCUCGUGCUUCACCGACAGCUUCAAGACCGCGAACGGGAGCGUCCUCCACGGCGUGGCGACGAGGAGGGGGCUGUGGGUGAUCGACGGCAACGGCGGCGAGCUCGACCCGUGCAAGGCCGCCGAGUACAGCCUCAAGUUCAUCGACUUCGUGCAUGGCUUCGCGUCCGUGAUGGUCUUCUACGCGGUGGCGCUGCUCGACCAGAACGUCGUCCACUGCUUCUACCCGGCGCCUUCGGAGCAGGGGCUGGAGGUGCUCUCCUCGCUGCCCAUCGGCAUCGGGGUCUUCUGCAGCAUGAUCUUCGUCUUGUUCCCCACCACGCGCCACGGCCUCGGCUUCUCUGUAACGUCAUAGACUAUGAGAGACUCCCCAUGACGAUCUUCGGCCUGUUCUUCUGAAGAAUAACGUCGAUGGGAUUGAUGUGUUCCCCAUGAAUUCCGAACCUGAUCUGAGAUAGUCAUUGAACAGAGAAACAGCCAGAAGAAUCGUCAUUACAUCCUGUCUUUUUCUGAUGAGAAUUUGAGCACCUUUAAAAACGAAACUGGUUACAUGCACACCCUUGUAAUCAUCAGUUUAUAUUAAAUUAAA